AUGAGCCCAAUAAAAGGGAAACCACUUUUGUUGUACAUAACAGCCUUAGAUGAAGUUAAUUACUCCCCUAUCGAGAAGACAUGUCUUGCCUUGGUGUUCGCCUUGCAAAAACUAAAGCACUAUGUCUUGGAACACGAAGUCAAGUUGAUAUCAAGAGCAGACCCUUUGAAAUAUAUACUUUCACGGCCCAUAUUUUCAAGAAAAAUUGCAAAGUGGGCUGUAAUUCUCCAACAAUUAGCAAUUGAAUAUGUUCCCCAAAGAGCUGUAAAGGGACAGGCUCUAGCAGAUUUUUUGGCAGCACAUCCUAUACCUGAUGACUCACCUCUAGUAACUGAUUUACCAGAUGAAGAGGUUAUGCAAGUAGAAAUUCAGAAAGGAUGGGAGAUGUAUUUUGAUGGAGCUUCAAGAAGUCCAGAUGGCAAGAAGGAAGAAAAUCCUAAAAACAAUAAAGCUGGAAUUGGAAUUGUGUUUGUGACUCCAGACAACGCUAUAAUCACCCAUUCUUUCACCUUAAGUGAAGGAUGCUCCAAUAAUGAGGCAGAAUAUGAAGCUGUAAUUGCUGGAUUAGAAUUGGCAUUACCAAUUUCUAUUGAAGAACUCUCAAUUUAUGGAGAUUCGGAACUGGUGGUAAAGCAACUCCGUGGAGAAUACAUUGUUAAGAAAACAAGUCUCAUCCCGUAUCAUGAAAGGGCUGAUCAAUUGCUUUCGCAAUUCAGAAAAACACAUAUUUUCCAUGUGAAGAGAAGAACAAAUGCUCGAGCUGAUUCACUUCCAAGUUUGGCUGCAUCACUCACCCUACCAGAUAGCAAAACAAUUACUAUCACGGUAGGUGAAAGAAGGGUGUUACAACCUUUAAAAGAGGUUUCUGACUUGGUUCCAAUCAUGGUUGUCACCAUGAAAGGAGAAAACGAGGAGGAUUGGCAGGAACCAUUCAUAGCUUACCUCCAACAUGGUAGGCUACCUGAAGAUAAAGUAAAAAGAAUUGAAGUGAGACGCAGGGCUACCAAAUUUGUCCUGUGGAAAGAUGGAACGUUAUACAAAAGGUCUUUGGAUGGAAUGUUCAUGCGGUGUAUAGCCAAGGAGCGUAUUCAAGAGGUAAUGGCAGAAAUACAUGCAGGUGUAUGUGGGGCACACCAAAGUGGUCCUAAAUUACAUAUGCAGCUAAAACGGUUGGGAUACUAUUGGCCGACUAUGAUUGCAAAUUGCAUAGAUUAUGCUCGAAGAUGCCAAGUCUGCCAAUUCCAUGGGAACUUUCUCCACCAACCCCCAGAACCUUUACAUUUAACAACUUGUUCUUGGCCAUUUGCAGCAUGGGGUAUGGACAUUAUUGGUCCUUUUGUACCUCCAUCUUCUGUACGGCCAAACAAAAGUCAAACACCCACCGGUGGUAUUGUAUGUGGUUAA